UUAUGCAUUUACGUAUUGCUACCUUGGUAUAACUCGAGCGCACUUUAGCAUAUCAGCUAUUUUCGACACUGGUAUCGUAUGGUAAAGAUUACCAAGGAAUGCAGGAAGUGACACUGGACAGUGAUGAGCAUGAAGCAACUACCAGAGUUGAAUUUCAGGUGGACGACUGUGGAUUUAGACUCAACCCAUGCUGGGUUGAUAGUCUCGGACACAUUGCCGGUUUCAUUAUGAAUGCAAGUGAUGCAACGCCCACUAAACCGCAGAUAUUUAUCAAUCAUGGAUGGGACCAAAUGUGUUGCGCUAUCGAAUUUGAGAAAGGCGUACAAUAUCACGUUUACAAGCGCAUGCAGUUGGAGAACGGCACAACCUACGCGGGUGAUACCUAUAUCUUCAAGGAUAACAGUCUGGUUGCUAUUUACGAAGGCAUUCGCAUAACAACCUCAACGACGAGCAAUCAGCGAAACCGCCCAUUAACGAGGUAUCAACUCAACGGCCAACGCCAUCUGCAGCGCGGCCCACAUAUGCAGUUCCGAAACAACCGAAUUCAAGCAGAGAAACCAAAACCGGCGGCUUCAUCUACAGUGCCCAGACCUAAUGAAAUUGCGUCUCGUGUAUUGGCUAUCGUAGGCGAAGAAGCUGGAGUCGACCACACGGAAUUAGACCCGAAUGAAGACUUCCAGAACCACGGGAUCGAUUCUCUUCUUUCACUUACUAUCUGUGGCCGGAUUCAAGAAGAGCUUGGCGUUGACGUCUCGUCUUCAUUGUUCGCAGAUUAUUGCACUCCAAUGGAAUUGAGUCGUUUUCUCGGCAGUGAUAACCGCCAUGACUCAUUGUCCGCCAGCUCUGUUUCAUCCUCUGACAACACUGAUAAAAUUAACACUCCUGAAAAUAGGGAGAUGGAUUCCAACACCUCUACAGACGGGGAAAUGGAUAGCUCUACCAUCGAAGUAAUCCGUGAAACGAUUGCACAGGAGACAGGUGUUCCAGUCAGCGAGUUGACACUUAGCAGCAGUUUUGCAGACUUAGGGGUUGAUUCCUUACUUAUAUUCACCAUUGUCGGCAAGUUGUUAGAGGCUCUAAACAUGGAUCUACCCUCCAGCUUGCUUAUGGAGAAUGAAAACUCGGAGAAGUCAGUAAAGCACUAG